AUGAUGAAUGAAGAACAGAUCAGUGACAUAAUCCAAGGAUGGAGAAAUACACCAGAAGAUGAUUUAAAGCUGGAAGACUAUCAGAAGUUCAAGGAUUUUGGAUCUGCUUGUCUGAAUGAUGGUGACAGUGCACGACUACUGACAUUUCUUCAGGAUGAGAAAAACCAGGGGCUUGUCAAGUCCAUGGGCUGUGUUCUCAGUGCACCUCUUGUUAACGAAAUACUUAAAAAAGGGAAAACUUCUGAUCAUUCCCAAGCUGCCAUCACACAACUCACAAAGAUUUGCAGCCCAGAUGAACUCCUGUACAGCAUGCUAGAAACAAUUGAAGACAUCAAUCCAGGUGCCAUUUCUGAGACAAUCUUAGUCCUCAUUCCACACCUCCAAACAGUGCUUUUGCGGCUGGAGGAGGGAAAGGCAGCAGGUUUGGGCCAGACUCUCUCUGCCCUACAGAAGCAGCUGUCCCGGCUGCCUGUGCCUUACACCCAUCAGCAGGAGGAGGCUGACGAUUACGGUUUGUGUCGCUGCUGCAAUGCCUUGGCUGCGUUUGCAAAGCCAUUCAUGGAGGAGAUGAAGAGGAAGAAUGGAAACUGCAUAGCAGCCUCAGAGGACGAAGAGCUGAAGGCUGAGCUUCUUAAAUUCUGCAUGUGGAGUUUAAGAGAACCUUUGCUUGAGGCUGAACUGAACAGAGACAGAAAAACAUCGCUUUGGCUCUUUGCAACAGAGAUCAUGGUCAUACUACCAGCUAUCCAAGAGUCUCUGUCAGAGCUCCUGUUCUUCAACUCUGUGAAGAAAAUCACCCAGACGGACAACAAUCAGAACAGAGAUUCAAAAGCUUGUCUGGCGUAUCUCCUGUUUGUCCAGCUCCUCAGCAUGGACACCUUUCCAGCAGUAUACAGUCCUGUGUUUAUUCUUCAGUGUAACAUGGAAUACAUCAAUCAGCUGCUCAGCAGCAAAAAAGAAUCGCACUUGCUUAAAGGACUGGCACUGUAUCAAAAAAGCUUGGAGAGUGUGCAAGAUAAUACCCUUGCAGUGAGUCUACUGGAGCUGAGGAGCUUCAAUAGUGUCCCACAGAACCUACGUCAAGUAUUGAUUGAAUGUCCAAUGAAACAUUUGAGAGAAUCCGGACUGAAGGUUUUCCAGCUUUUCAUCGAUAAAUUAGAUCCUGAGGCAAAGCACAAGUUUUUCAGGUGCAUGUUAAAAACCAGCAACCAUGCAGGAGUAGAAAGCCACAUCAUAAAAAACAUCAGGACUCAAGUGGAAUUUUCAAUGCAGCCUGGAAAUGCCAAUAAAUGGUUUCUUGGAGAGGAGUUUCUCUCGCUGUUGAAACUGGUAUUUUGUUUGCCACAAGGUGCUGAGACAGAUUUACUUCACAAUAUGGACAGGAUAAUGGAGAGUUUGAAUCUUCUACGCUAUCUACUUAUCAGAGACAAAGAUCUGAAGAGCACAACAGAUGUGUGGGAAGAGACUUGCAGGAUCAAAGACGAAUACCUAAAAAUGCUGCGUGUGUGUAUCAGCAUAUCAAGGGGAUAUUAUUCUGCUGAACUGAAGGCACUGAGAGAAGACCAGAAGCUAAAAGCUAAAGAAGCCCGAGAUGCUGCCAGAUCAAGCAGAUUAGUCAAAAGCAUAACAGUGAAACAUGAGAAAAUCUCCGAUAUAUCCCCAGAGGGCCAGCACCAAGUGCUGCAGAGUGCUUUAGUGACAUUCGACCUGAUGGAGAGCCUUAUAGUCCGAAUCGAAGAGAUCACCGAGGAAAAACUCAAGACUCCCAGCAAAACAACUUUCUCAGAUCUAUAA